AUGAUGACUCAGAACCAUGUGGAUGUCCGGACGGGACAAGAUCCCAGCAGUAAUGUUCCCCAGUUUGUAUUGCCUCAUGUACAUUUGGUAUCCUCUUAUCGAUUCCCACAUCAAAGCCAGCUGCCACCCAAUAUUGCCCUCGACUAUCUUCUCAAUGCUCCGAAAAUUGUCAACGAUGCGCAACCUGUCGCAUGGACGUACUUCCAAGCUCCACCGCCCGACGGUACCGUUAUUCUAACAUGGCAGCCUCCCCAUAUGGGUCAAAGCUUCGCAAGUGAUGGUUAUACGUGGGCAGAUUCGGAAUCAACAUACUCAGUGGACAUCCGAGGCUACACCCUAGAAAUCCUCGUUCACCGUAGUGGAUGCCGCUACGGUGUCGAGCCUAUAGCAAAUCACUCUCGCCACAGAUAUCGCAUCAUCAACAAGAACCCGGCGGCUAACGCACCUUUCGACCUCAACCUCUGGAUAGUACACUACACACAAGCUACGCCAGAUUGCAGAUAUCCCGCAGCUCAAAUCCAAAUCCGGCCUGACGUUCAGCGAAUAAUGCAAGAGCGGGGAUACCUCGAGAAGCAAGGACAACUGCAGCGGAAGGAGUUCAUGCUUCGCGACAGGGGCAACUGGCCGGACGUCAAAUUUGCCCCCAGUAGCCAGAUGCACAACAUGGCCGCCCAAGGACGCCCGAUGUUCAAUCCCAUGCAGCCAAUGGGCGGUGCUAUGGCCAGACAGGCUCAAUAUUACCAACAGCCACAGGCUCCGGCGGCCGGAGGACCCCCAGCCAAGCGUAUGCGCCAAGUACCACCCUCACAAAUGCCCGGAAUUGUCGGUGGUCCUGGAAUGCCACCAACUGCAGUAAGUGCCGACACGACCAUAGAGGAUGAAGAAAAUACCACCCUCGGAGAUCUGCUCGAUCACCUCACUCCUCGUGAGAUUAGCACCAUGCGAUACAAGCAACAUCACGAGUGGAUGGAAGAAGUCUUUUCAUCCCCCUACGCAGUCGGCCAGAUACUGCCUGUUGACCUUGGUCUUGGGCUCAUGGGAGAACUGGGAUCUUUGACGACCGGGCUUCUCGAUGCCCCGGCAGCGGACUCUCUCCCCAACGCACCGAACCAGACGAAGAGCUACCACAAACUUGACCCUGAGCAGCUCGCAGAGUUUGAAAAGCGCGUAGUAGAAUACACCAAAAAGGAAGAGGCAGAGCUCGCAAAGAUGCGCGCCGACCACGCCCGCAAACUUGCCAACCUCAGGCGCAGCAAAACGUACAUCAAGGCGGAACGUAGGCUACAGGAAGCUGCGCACGGUCCCGGUUACAGCAGUUCUACCAAUCUGCCGGAAGAGACAGGUGACGAGUUGAGUCCACAACCACCCCGAGUGGAAACACCAAAAGACGAGGAGAAGCCUGAUGCAAUUGUUGCAGAGAUUGAAGCAUCUCUGGGGAUUGCCAUUGGGACGAAAAAGAGCGUUGUCUGCGUAGACAAAGGUGGGUUUAUCGAGGAGCAAGUCCAGCCUGUACAGGUCCAGCAGCCAGUUAACGGCACUGGAAAUGGUAACGGCCUUACCAAUGGACAGGGCACUGUAUACGAGAACAAUGGGAACGACGAUAGCGCGCUGAAUGGUUUGCUCGAUGAGAGUGCUAUGGACGCAGACAACACCGCCGCAAGCCUACUGGACCAGUAUGGCGGCUCGACAUCACUAGCCACCACACCCGCUAAUCCCACCAUCCAGCAUGGUGCCCAGACUGGCAGCGGAGCCCUUUCUUCCGCAGGGACUCCAGGCGUAGGGAGCUCAACAUUGAUGGGGCAAAGCGACGGAGCAAACGAUCUAAUGGACUUGGACGUGGAAAUGGCAGGGAUGGGGGAUGAAAAGGGAGGCGAGGGAGAGGGCGACUGGGUCAUGGUGGACGAGGCGGCGAAUGCUCCGCAAACCACCAGCGGGCAACCUAAAGUCGACAACUCCAUAACGGCUUCUGCACAAGCCGGUGCACCAGCUUCCAAUACCGAGACUAGUACAGGGUUGUUUGACACGGCCGACUCUUUCAGUUUCGACAAUCUGGAUACAGCUGGCGAUGCCCUGGCUGACUACGCCAACGCGGACGAUGAUCUUGGCCUCGCCUUGGAGGACUCGGCUUUUGGGGAUGCUUUUCAUGGGACGGAAGUGCAUGAGUCGGAGGAGGACUAGGAGGCUGGGAGGUUACACUAGCGAUGUGUUGUCGUGAGCACAGCAGUGGUGGUAGAUGGGACUGGAUCAGAGAAAUUGAGGGACUGGGUUCGUGGUCCCUGGCGUCUGCCGUGGUCGUUCUUUUUCGGGGUGUAUAACUAUACCGAGGCUGCUAUGGCGUUCUGAAAGACCGGGACAGGUUUAUGUAUCAUGGUUGGAUUAUGGAAACGUGUUGCACAUUGUCACAUUCUGGUCCACGUUUUGAAGUCUAUCGUACGUGCGGUCGAGCGGUGGUGUCGUCGUGCAUAUGGCGAAGCGUGAGAGUGCACCCCUUACAUCGCGAGUUGCCAGCCACGCAAUAUUGCCAGCGUUAGUCCAUCUUGUCUCACGUGGUAGAUGCUUGCAGGUAGGUUAGAAUGGUGCAACUAGCCUCAAGAACCAAGCCAAAGCAGCAAUAGUCUUGUUAGAUAUUUGUCUAUGAAUAUACUGCUCAUC